AUGAAUGCUUUCACCGAAUACCUUAAAAAAUGUGGUGUCCGUUGUGAUGGUAUUACUGAUAAGAAAGCGAUAUUGUUAUCUGAAACAUUGCAUCAAUCAGCUUUACAAGAAAGAAUCCGUUUGUUAAGAGCUGUAUCAUACAAUUAUGAUGUAGCUAUGCUAUUAAAAUCAGAUGUAGAAGCUGAGGCAGAUCUCAAUGAUUGUAAGACAAAAUUAAUGCAUUUUGAAAAAAUAAAGUCUGUGGAAGAUAAAGAACUCUUAACAAAAAUUAAAUGUUAUGAAACUUUAAGAGACAUUAGUGCUCUUGAAGAUGAAAUAUUUCAUAUGCGGUUUGAUUCACGAACACUUGAAUAUCAUGGAGUUGAUUCUCUAAAAUGCAAUGAUUCUAGUUGGAACAGAAAUAGAUAUUUACUAAAUGGAGCAGGAAAAUCUUGUCAAAACAAACUUGUCUCACCGGUAGAAGGUAAAGGUGAGUGUACACAAAGUAAUGAAAAUGUUUGUUACUCUGGACUGCAUGAUGAGUGUGCCAUAGGAAACAAUCCUGUUAUUGAAAAGAAAGGCAUAAUAUAUUCAAGGUCUGCAAUUAAAAAGAAUCAAGUAUGUUGUACUCUGGAUUGUUUCUCCAAAAAGCAAUUAUAUAUCAGCUUAACCGAUCAACCUUUUUGCAGUACUUGUAUAAAACCAUAUUUUGGGUUACUAUGGCAUAAUGAUUGUGCUGUAAAUUUGUCCAAUGAACCAACACCGUUGGAUGACCUUAAAAUUUAUUCGUAUGUUACUGUUUUUAAUAUUAAUGGGAAAACCUUUUCAUGUAGAAACCUUUAUAAUUUCGAAGCGUGUUGUGGUGGAAAAGGACCUGUUGCAAGUGGAAACAAGGUGGAUUAUAUGGAUAAAUUAGGCGCUUGCAAAAUAUCGAAGACUGGCAGUUUUACAAAUUUAAUCUUUAAAUUGAGGUCGCUAGUUGAUGAUUUGGUUGAAACCCGAAAAUACACUAAAGUUUUUUUAGUUAUAGUUUGCUUAUUCAUAUUCCCCAGAUUCACUGUAAUAUGUCUUGUGACUCUGAUAUGGUUAACUUACGCGACAGCUUCAUGUGAGUUAAAUGACAUGGUACCUCUUCCAGUCAAUUCUAAAUCUUAUAAUAAGGAUUUAAGUUGGCCUGUUAGAGUUAGAUUGACAAAAGGCGACUGUAUCGACGCAGGCGAUUACACACUCGAAGUUGUAAACAUCAAACGGUUAAGUUCCUAUAAGUUUUUAUCUAGCAUGCCUUACAAAAUUAAGUCAGUAUGCUCAGGAUUUGACUGGGGUUGUCAUCUAGGUAAAGGUAGUUCAAUUGUUCACGAGAAAGACAAUUGUGAAAACGCAUGCACUCAUGGUAUUUUUUAUAAACACACUGCAAUACAGUCUUACUUUGAUGGAUCAUCUUGUGCAAUUUUAUCUGGUAUACAUACAAAAUUGACUGCUUGCUUCUCUGCUGGUAAUUUAGGAUCAGAAGUAAAAAUCUUUUCAAGGUUAUCUGUAGAAAGUAGUGUCAAAUUACAAACCAUACGUCACAGGCAAGGAGUAGAUCUAUUAACUGAGAUAGAUAUGGAUGAUAAUAGUACACUACUCAUCAGUGAACCUUCUAGAGAUUCAAAUAUAUGGCCUUAUAUGGUUGCUAUUAGGGGUGGUGAUAGGUUCUGUAGUUACGACGCAAUAGAUAUAUCACGCUAUUGUCACACAGCUGACCGACAUGAUCCACUCAAUAUAGAAGUUUCGUGUCUAGAACCAAUACCACAUUGGAAUCCUGACACUAAAAGGUAUGAGCUAAGCUAUAAGAGUAACGAUUUUGAAAGCUUGGUUCAUAAUUACUUUGAAAAGUGUCCAUCGGAUAUGUUGAUCGAUUUCUCUGAUUAUAAAUUAACUGUUGGCAUAAAUUCAGAUUCUGUAGCAACUUUUCAAUUCAAGCGGUUUGAUACUGCUAAAAGUUUGUCUAAAUGUAUUAAAGAACCUACAAUUGCAGUUGAAAAGGGAGUUAUCGAUUACCAUCAAUCAACCAUAUUAAAAUUAUUAUCUAAAGAUUCUAAAAAGUGUGUAGCCCACGUGGUCAUAGAAGGUUGUGAAUCAACUCAAGGUCAACUCUUCGUAUUGAGACCAGGCGUGGAAUUGGUAACUGAUUACUGGUGCGCUAAUAACAGCACCGGAUUGAUAAUUGUAACUGGCGUUAGUGUCUAUAAAAAAAAAGAAAUAAAAUUCGCUGUUUUGUCACCUACAUCAACUUGGAGGAAAAUGUUCAUAUCG